GGGUUCAGACUAUGCCCUGCAAGGGUCCUUCCAGCCCUGGCCAUCCUGGACUCUAGAGCUGCCCUGGGUCACGGGGGUCUUGCUGUCCUGGCUGUCCCCAACCCUUGAAAAGACUCAGCCUGGGAAGGGCUAACCUUGACCAUCCCCUGCCAUCCCUCCUGAGAUGUUUAGUUAGAAAGGUGGGUCCAGGAGCUGUCAUUUCUAAUCCCAUCCAUGCAGGGGUUGCUGGCCUCUGGGGUAGGGGAUGUUCAGGCUGUGGCACGGGCACAGGGUUGGGGAGGGUGGAGAGGGCAGCAGUGCCUGAAGCCCCAGACAGGUGACAAACCCCCAACACCAGCUCUCUCAUGUCUGCUCCUCCUUGUGCCCCCAGAGCCCCCACCUGGUCACUUCUUCAGAAUGGCCUCGUGCCCAGCUGGGAUGCCAAGUCCACAGCCCUCAAGGGCCAAUGGGAACAUCAGCCUGGGGCCUUCAGCCAACCUAAAUGCCAGGCCCACAGACUUCGACUUCCUCAAAGUCAUUGGGAAAGGGAACUAUGGGAAGGUCCUACUGGCCAAGCGCAAGUCCGACGGGAUGUUCUAUGCUGUGAAGGUGCUGCAGAAAAAGUCUAUCUUAAAGAAGAAAGAGCAGAGCAACAUCAUGGCAGAGCGCAGUGUGCUUCUGAAGAAUGUGCAGCACCCCUUCCUCGUGGGCCUGCGCUACUCCUUCCAGACACCAGAGAAGCUCUACUUUGUGCUUGACUAUGUCAACGGGGGAGAGCUCUUCUUCCAUCUACAGCGGGAACACCGGUUCCUGGAGCCCCGGGCCCGGUUCUACGCAGCCGAGGUGGCCAGUGCCAUUGGCUAUCUGCACUCCCUCAACAUCAUUUACAGGGACCUAAAACCAGAGAACAUUCUCUUGGACUGUCAGGGACACGUGGUGCUGACUGAUUUUGGCCUCUGCAAGGAAGGUGUAGAGCCCGAGGAGACCACAUCCACGUUCUGUGGCACUCCUGAGUACUUGGCUCCUGAAGUGCUUCGUAAACAGCCUUAUGAUCGGGCAGUGGACUGGUGGUGCUUGGGGGCAGUCCUGUAUGAGAUGCUGCAUGGCCUGCCUCCUUUCUACAGCCGAGAUCUGUCCCAGAUGUAUGAGAACAUUCUGCACCAGCCGCUACAGAUCCCUGGGGGUCGGACAGUGGCCGCCUGCGACCUCCUGCAAGGCCUUCUCCACAAGGACCAGAGGCAGCGCCUGGGCUCCAAAGCAGACUUUCUUGAGAUUAAGAACCAUGUAUUCUUCAGCCCCAUAAACUGGGAUGACUUGUAUCACAAGAGGCUGACUCCACCCUUCAACCCAAAUGUGGCAGGACCUGCUGACUUGAAACACUUUGACCCAGAGUUCACCCAGGAAGCCGUGUCCAAGUCCAUCGGCUGCACCCCUGACACUGUGGCCAGCAGCUCUGGGGCGUCAGGUGCAUUCCUGGGAUUUUCAUAUGUGCCGGAGGAUGAUGACAUCUUGGAUUGGUAGAAAAGCACCUGUGAAACCACUGAGGCCAGCUGGUAUAAGUAAGGAAUUACCUUCAGCUGCUAGUAACAGAGACUCAAUGUUACAAUGGCCUAAAUGAGAAACAGGUUUAUUUUUUUCCAUCACAAAAGAAUAGUGUUGGGUGGGCCAGAGGCUUUCUGUAUUUCUGCUCUGUCAUCUGGCAAACGGCUUCCAAUAUUAGAUUUGCUACGUUAUCACAAGAUAGUUACUGGAGCUCUAGCCACCACUUCUGUGUUCUGAGCAGGAAAAAAGGAGGACAGGGAGGGAAGAGCAAAAGGGAACCUUUAAAGAGCCUCCCGAAAGCCCCACCCAAUGACUUCUGCUUACAUCCUAUUAACCACCCACCCCUACCUGCAAUGAAGGCUGGGAUAUGUGGCUUAUUAGCUGGGAAAAUGACUACUCUUAGUAACAAAGGGCUUCUGACACAAAGGGAGAAGGGGAGAGUGCUGGAUGGGCAACCAGCACUCUUUACCAGAGGACCUCUUGGUGUUUGGAUUUUGGUCUCAAUGUGUAAAAUGUGUAAAAUGACAGAUGUAACAAGCCUGCAGGGUAUUACCCAACAUCUGUUAUUGUUCUCUAUUGAUGGUGUCUGUCUUUGUUGUGGAUAGUACUGGACAUUUGUUUUGGGUUUGGCUGCCUAGUAUCUGAGCCCCUUCCUAUAUUCAGGGAAUCCCCUACUUUAUGAGCCUUCAUGAGGGGCAAUAACUACCUCCAUUUAGAGUUACUGAAAAUGCUAGUUACUGACUUUCCCAACCUCGCCUGAGCUAGGGCCAGGAAUGUGGCCCGGGGGUACACCUGUACCAGACUUUGACCCAAGGAAGGGACCAGAAGUUCUCUUUCAUGUGGUAACUGAGGUAACAGUACCCACAAAACUGAGUUCCUGGUGUAGAAGGGGGAACAAUGCAAAUUGUAGCAAUUGGUACUCUGUGGCAGCAAAAGCAGCAGUUUGCUCACGAGACCAGCACUGCAGUAUCAUUCCUGGAAGCCUUGAGCCCCCUUCUCUAACUUUCCUAAUGAUUUCGAGAGCUUCUGGUCCUUAUGACACACUCCUUGCUUAAUGGCCUAAAGUCAGCUUCAGAUCAGCUGCUUACACUGGGCCAGUCUCUGUGCUAGACUCUUUCAUGUCUGUUACCAGUUUUCAUCCAAACAACCCUAAGACAGAAAUUAUUACUAUCCUCUUUUUUACCAAUGAAGAAACAGCAUCAGAGAAGUUAUUUCUUGCCUGACAGUCAUGUGGUUAACAAGGGCCAGAGCUGGGACAUGGAGCAAUAUACGCUGAUUCCAGAGGCUGUCACAUUUAACUUUUGUGUUGGUCUGCCCUUCACUCUGGCUGUGAGGUCCAAGCAGAAUGAUUCAAAAUAUCUAAUGAGAACCAAAUCAAGAACUGGCUGAAACAAGCCAGUUGUGAGAAAUGGGGUCUUGAAAAGGAGACAUUCAACUGGAUGCUCGCUCAUGGUCUGAGCUUGGCUGCCAAGUUCAUGCUGUGCUCUACUUCACAUGAGGAGGCCAGGCCUUGCAUAGACCUGCUGCAGACUUGAUGACCAGAGCAUCCUGGCCACCCAUGGAGCUCCAUGUGUUCAGGAUCAGUCAUUUCAAAAGGUGAUUCUGAUUGGACAGGACAUGAGCAUAAGUCCACACCUCAAGAAUUCAGGACACCCUGCACUUGUGAGAUGGAUCAUGCUGCCUUAUUUCAGUGGAAAAGUGGUUGCUUUUUCACAAACCUGUUGUUCAUACUUUAGGGUGGCCUUCUUAGCUUUUAGGUUUGGGACAAAGGGAGGAAUUUUCUUAGGAUCAGUGUGUGUUGGUGAUUUUAUUGCCUUUUCUACUUAACUCAGUCCCACUCUUUUCCCUUCCAUUUUUUGUCCACCCAGCCCCCUGCCCCAGGAAUUAGGGUGGUCAAGGCUGGGAGACCAUGGAAAAAACACCAAUGACACUGACCUACUGGAGAUCAAAUUUGAGUCAGGAAAGGGUUAAUGUUAAGCUUGACAUGCGCUGAGAACUCUGAAACACUUUGAUUUCCAUCUUAAUAGUAACUGUAAAUUGAUAAAUGUGGAAAAUGAGACCAAAAUCCUCCCAAGUUCCCAAAGCAAAAAACAAGAGUGUAAUUGUCAGAAACGGGAUAGUAGUUAAAAGUACAUAACAAGUUAUGGGUUGUGAAACAUAAUGGUUCUACCUGUUCUAAGAUUGUAAAAUCACAAAAUGUUUCACUGGGAUAGAAAAUAAAAAUAAAAAAAACUAUGCUAUUGAA